GUCACAUGUGAGGCAGUCUCCCUAUUGGUGUUGCCUGAGAUUAAAAUGAACUUUGGCUCAGUUCCUCUUGAAAGGAAAAAGAGGAUAUCAACUUGGCUCUAGCUCAGCAUUUGUGAGGAACACUUUAACUAUAAAUCUAUAUUCUGUCUUCAAGCACAACAGUGGGAGGGGAACACUAAGGGUCAAUGAUCGACACAGUUGGAGAGACUGCACCUUGGACACAGAACAGGAAUGAGUCCAGAGUGGAGAGAAAUUGUCCCAAGUUUAUAAAUUGAGAUAUCGUCGGGGUGUUGUCUAAAAUAAAGGAAGGAGUGUUGAGCUCAGUCGAGCAGCAUGAAUGAGAGCAGAUCGGCUGAAACUGGCUGUGAACCAGCGGUCAGUAAAACCGACGCCCACGGCAGCAGGAGGUCCAGACAAGGCACCGUUGUGGAGCGACUCUCGAGGUAUGGCAUGCAGGUCAUGCCCAGUGCUUUCCAGCGUAGGUCGCGGCUGCAGAGGCAGCUGGAGGUCACGGAUAGCUACGAACCGGGAGCACUUUUGAAGGAGGCUUCGGAGAGAAGCUCUCUCACACCCGCGAUGCGUAAAAAAUACCUGAAAGAUUUGCUUUUGAGCAACCCGUCGCACAGCGGGUUUAGCAGCGUGCUGUCACAGACCUACAGUGUGUCCUCCGAGCAGGACGCAGCAGACUGGGCGUUGUAUCCGAUGGAGCACGCCUGGAUGUUGUCUGCAGUGGAGGGAAACUAUGAAACCCUGCUGGAGUACAUCUCCGAGGACCCCUAUCUGUUGACCAGGAGGGAUUUCAUCAGCGGAUACUCGGUGCUGCAUUGGCUGGCCAAGAGAGGACAAGACGAGACUCUGCUCAAACUUUUGCGGUUCGCACAAGAUGCAGGGAUCGCACUGAAUGUGAAUGUGCGGGGCAGUGGCGGGCUGACCCCGCUGCAUGUGGCCAGCCAGCAUAGACACUUCAUGGUCAUCAAGCUGCUGGUCGGAGCCUUCAGUGCCAACGUAGAUGCCAUGGACUACAAUGGGAAGAGAGCCUGGCAGUAUUUGCCGGGAGACGCCCCGCCGGAGAUGAAGGAGCUGCUGGGGACCUGGGAUGAUGAGCACAGCUGCGGAGGAUGUGCGCAAAAUGUCAAUAAAAACGUCAACAACAACAGCGCUGGAGCAAUGAACUUGACCGCAUAUGAUGAGGUCGACCAUGGAGAAACAGAUGAGAAACACUCCUUUGACCGGACGAAGAGACGGGGUAGCUGGAGGUUUGGUUCUUUAAAGAAAUUGCUACCAUCCUUUUCAUUUCUUCGAAAACAAUGCUGAGUGGUUAUGACAAGCCUUCAAAUGUGAAUUAUUUUACAUUCACUUCCUGCCUAUAUCUGUAACUGUCCUAGAGUAGGCUACUUUAGAGUGUUUAUCAAUAUUAAUUAUUCUCUACUCUAGCAAGACUACACUUAUUUCUAGUAACAUGGAUUCCAAAGAGAUACGUUUGUCAAUGACUUGAAAUACUUUCACCUUAUGCCUCAAAAUACUUUGAAUGAACUGCUCCUUACUCAUUUCUACACUGAGGUCACUUACUGUGAGAAGGGGUCACCAAACAGAUAUGGCUUGUCAUAAGGGAUCAUUACACCAUUUUGACAAUACUUGGUAUAGGGCAUCAAUGUUGCUAUUCACACUUCUGGAAAAUAGUCCAUUUGAUGUACUGCACUCCAAUAAAUGAAUGUCGUAACUCACUGAAGCCACCUAAUAACGCCCACUGCCUGUACAGAGCCUUUUCUAAACAGGUCUUGCUGCCCCCCCAGCACUGCUUGUGUCAACAACUAAAUGUUACGGAUCCCUGAUGUGGCACAUUUUUUCCUAACUUUCAGCACUUGGGUAAACAUUUCAUCAUAGGUCUUGCUACUAGAUUACACUUCUUAGAUAGCAGUGCUGUCUCUGGCACAAGCAACAAAGUCAGAGCUCAGAUUCUAACCAACUACAAAUAGCCACAGUCUUUCAUAAACACAAUUCAGAAGUAUUUGCUGCUGUGUGGUCAAGCUUCUCGUUCUGCGGAGCUGCAUCAGCAUUACAUGAUGUUUUCUCAAAACACUCAGCCUGUAAAUUGGAUUAAAAAAGAUGAACUACAGCCUCA